AUUCGACUCGAAUACAUUAUAUUUAUUGUUUGUCUUUAGAAUGGCCAUUACAGAAACCCACGACGCGCUGAUUACCUAUGAUCUGGCAUCGUACGCGCACCUGGAUGCAUGGAAGGCGAAGCCCAAGCUGUAUCUCAAUCGCUACUUUGCGCAGCACUAUUACGCAGGCCCCGUAUCCACCAAGAGAAAGCUCGAGGAGACUGACACAGACAAGGGCACACAAGCAGAGUCAUCAACAGUAGAGUCACAAACGAAACCCAAGGAGUGGCAGUUUGUGUACAUGGUACCCAACAAGCUCUGCGUUGUUGGCAUCGCCAACCAACACCCUCUCCUGAAUGCCAAGAUGUGCGAGGAGAUCGGCAAUAUUGUCAAGGUUGAAUUUGCGGAUAAUGUCAAGAAGAGUGUCAUAAAGGGGAAGGGGAAGAAGCAGUCGUUGCGGCUGAUGCCUGAGACAAAGAUUUGUACGAUUUUUACGGAUUCUGGGAAGGAGUUUGUUGUGCGGGCGGCUGUCAGGGGUACGUUGAUGGAGUGGAACUCGGUGCUCGAGGAGGAUCCGCAGCUCAUUGUUAGAUCUCCCGAAAAGGGCUUUUUGGUCAUUAUCAAGCCACCCACCGACGACGACAGCAAGAUCCUGAGCGAGUGCGUUGCCGAGACUUACUAACUCAGGGGCUUUAAAUUUUUGGUUUCAAGUUUCUUAUUUGAUUUUUUUCCAAUCGAGCAAUGUUCGUG